AUGUGCCUGUGCUGCAGGGAGGACGACGCUGUCCAAGUCAACCCCGAAGGCUCAAAAUGGCAUUAUCCUUCAGACGUCACUGAAAGGCAGUCCACAGAUAAACGUAUUGAGCGUAUGCAAAACCUAAGGAAACAGAAGAGGAAAUUUAGUAAACGUUUUUCAAGGCCUGCCCCUGUUCCAGAACCAGGACUCCUAGUAAGCGUAGAGACUCCACUAAAAUGA